GGGAUGGAGGGAGGGACGACUAGCAGGGAGGGGAAGGAAACUGGCAUUUGGCUCUUUUGUCAGCUGUGAGCGGACUGCGGCAGACUAUUGCUACGCGUUGUGUGUGUUUGGACAGAGCAUUGUGGAAGGCUGGUAUGGUGUGAAAGAAAAACACAUUGUCUCAAGGCUAAUUCAAGGGCACAAUCAUGGAGGAAAUGGACUUUGAGCGACGCCGCGAGCUGAGAAGGCAGAAGCGGGAGGAGAUGCGCCUUGAGGCCGAACGGUUGGCAAGGAAUGAUGAUGAUGAGGAGGAAGCGGCCCGCGAGAGGAGGCGCAGGGCACGCCAGGAUAGGAUGAAGGGCAGGGAGAGUGAGGAGCCCAGCGGACCACCGGACAGCCUGGUCAUGACCAACAGCCACAGCGGGACAGAAACCGUGUCAGUGAGCAGCUCUUACGGAGGAGGCGGUGGCGAAGACGAGGAGCAGGCCCUGCUGGACCGCAUGGCCAAACGUGAGGAGCGACGGCAAAGGCGCAUGAAGGAGGCUCAGGAUAGACAAAAGGAGCUGGACCUGACCGCUGCAGAUGUGAAUGACAGCAUCGCCGUGGAGAAAAACAACGUAGAGGAGGAGAGGGCAUCCUCCUGGCGUAAGGGUCGUUACCGUGACAAUCAGGAUGAAGAGGAGUCGAGAGAGGCGCACGUCCCUAGGAGAGAGGAGGAGGAGAAGAAGCAGGAGCCGAGGGAAGAAGAGGAUGCUGCUCCUGAGGUUGAAGAGGAAGAGGAAGUAGAUGAGGGCGUGGAUGAAGAGGGGGAGAAAGUGGAGGUGUUGGAGGACAAACCGAGAAUGUCUUACUUAAGAGAACAGGAAACAACCGAAGGACCUAAAAUGCAAAGCCAGGAACUUGCUGAAGACGAAACACAUUCCGUAGUCAGGCAGAUUUCAAUCCAAGAUAAGUCAACCAAUUCAGAGGCUGAGAAGGAUGCAGUAGCAUCAGAGGAGGCUGAGGAGGUACCUGAAGAUGAUAAUGUAGAUUAUUCUUCAGAGAAUAAGUCUUUGACUCCCAUAAAUGACUCUGAAGAGGACAAUAAGGUGUCUGAGAUGCUGCACUCAGAGGAUAAUAAGGUUAAUGAGACAGGCUGGGCCAAAGAGGAACAGAGGAGGCAGAACGGAGGGCUCCACGAGGAGGAGGCUACACCCAAACAGCACAGGAAACCGGAGAGGAUCCUCAGUCGCAGCAGUGUGCGUUCCCCCGAGGUGUCCGCUGGUGACGACCAGGAUGACGCCGCCCGCCUGGAGGCCGAGCUCAAGCUGGAGGAGCUGAAGCGCAGACGCGACGACGCGGAGAACGAAGAGUUUGAGAAGAUGAGGCAGAAGCAGCAGGAGGCCGAAGCCGAGCUGGAGGAGCUGAAGAGGAAGAGGGAGGACAGGAGGAAGGUGUUGGAGGAGGAGGAGAGGCAGAAAAAGCAGGAGGAGGCAGAGAGAAAAGCCAGGGAGGAGGAGGAGAAGCGGAAGAUGAAGGAGGAGAUUGAAAGAAGGAGAGCAGAGGCAGCUGAGAAGAGGCAGAAGGUGGAGGACACCAUGGACGGGGAGGGAAGACCCUUCAAGUGUGUCAGUCCCAGAGGCUCCUCAUUGAAGAUCGGGGAGAGGGCUGAGUUCCUCAACAAGUCCGCACAGAAGAGCAGCACACUGAAGGCGGCUCAUUCUCCUGUGGUGUCCAAGAUCGACAACAGGCUGGAGCAGUACACGUCAGCUGCUCAGCAGAGAGAGAACAAGGAAUCUCGAUCCCCUCGUUCUGGAGCAGCAGAUCUUCCCGUGGUUACAGACAGCAUCCGUAACAUCAAGACCAUGUGGGAGAGAGGCAACGUGUUCGGCACACCGGGAAGUGGUGGGAUCCCGUUUAAGGAAGCAGCUGUGAUGAAGACAGGCGUGGCGGGUCGCAUCAACGACUGGCUGAAUAAAACCCCAGAGAGCGGCAAAACGUUGGGAGGAAGGCCAGCGGACCUGAAGCCUGUUGAUGUCACCAACAAAAGGAGUCUAUGGGAAAACAAGGGUGCCUCUCCGACCAAGAUGGCAGGCGGGGGGGACACCAAAUCAGUCGCGAACGGUAUGGGACACUAAUGUCUUGAAGGAGCCACGUAAACUGGGGACCACGACAAUCCAAGACUCUUCCCUCGACUUUGUCUUAAGAACCAAAUAAUGAUUACACUCCCGACAGGGAACCCAAGAAAACGGAAGGGACAGGAAAGACGCUGUCCUAGCACUGUACUGAAACAGCAUCAUAUUUGUGUACGGUUGCCACGUAAAGUGCCUUUGCACCAUGAUUCUUGCUUUCUAAAAGAAACUAAAUGCUGUGAAAUUUGGACAUUUGUAAUUACCUUUUUACAAUCCUGCCAGAAAGAAAAAAACAAUUCAAUUCAGAUUUAUCUGUUGUACCCUACGGCGUUUAAAGUUUCCACAUUCCAAAGAGAUGGAUGAAAUCAGUUCUCUCCCUCAUACAGUACAUGUUCCAUCUCUUUUCUUAUUUAUAUUUAAAGCAAAAGCUUCACACAUUGCUAUUUUAUUCAAUGUUCACCAGUUCAGGAUAGAAAUAUAAGCACUUCUAGAAUUUAGCGGAUUUCACUUUUAUUAUUGUCUUACCAAUAGUGCAACAAUGGUCUGAGUAAUAUAUGUUAGCAGAUGUGAUGUUUUGAAUUUGACCUAUCAUACUGCAUCUUAUAUAACAUUUUUAUAUUCGCUGCAAAAGAUAUUUUUGCUUUUUUUUGUUUUCAGAAACUCUUCAACAACAGGCAGUUGGUUUUGGUGGAUAUAAGAGUGUUGAAUAGUCAGAAGGCCAUUAUGACUUUUAUUAUCCUUUUGUGUUUUUUAUUUAUGUUUGAUUUGUGUUUUGUCCUUUUCUAUUUCUAGCUCUUUUUUGUAGAUUUUGUGCCUGUUUGAUCACUUUAAAAUCUUCAAACAUUCCUCUUAAAAAGCAGCUGGACAAGGGGCCUUCACUGUAGGAUUUACAAUGUAGGAAACCAGCAAACCAACCCGCGUUUUUUUUUUUUUUUUUAGAAUCUACCUUUACUUCUACUAAUUACUAACUUCUUCAUUGCGUGUAUACCAACUCUCAAGCUCAGCUAUCAUUUUCUAAUUGAUGGCACUAAAAGUAAAAUCAGGGUGCCGAAAGCAUAUAGCAAGAUACUAGUAAAAUAGAAGGACAUUUACCACUAUGUAAGUCUCCUGGCUUUAUGAAUGCAAAAUAAUAACAUUUAUGACAGCUGAGGUACAUGAUAGCCUCAAAGCAACUCAAUAUAAUAGUAAGAGUUUUGAUUUUCCUGUUUAUUUUUCACUGAUGCAUUCCCUUUUGAUAGCUUUUUGUGCGAUACAAGCGUCGAUAAUAUUGUUGGUUUGCCAGGGCAUUAGAUUGAUCAAUAUUUCUGCUCAAAAGUCUGACAAUCACAUUCCAUGGCUCCUGAAAAGAGCAGGGGAGCUUGACCAAAUAUUUUAAAUGUGAUUUGAUGUGACAUUUAUGUUUUUCUUUUUUAAUACAGUGGUUUCACAAUGUUUUUGUAUUUGUACGAACUUUUGUCAACUUCAUCUUCUUACGUUCUUCUGUUUUUAACCAGACUUGUUUGUGUAGCACUGAGCCUAUGCAAAAUACACCACCUGUAGCCUUUCCAAACAGUCCCAAUGUCAUACAGGUGGGCAGUUUCCAACUGGAUGAGUAUUUUGAACAUUGUACGCUUCACUCAACCACAGUAAUAAAGACAUUAAAGUAUUCCA